AUUACCUGAUAACACUUGUAUAGUAGUACACGUCCACAGUAAAACAGAAAAAAGCCUACGCGGCUCAGCAUUAAAGAUGCAAAGCUGCAAACCCAAACCUCAGUUCGCUGACUGGCUGAUUGAACAGGUGCGGACCGAGCAAUACGCCGGGUUGACCUUUAUGGACAACAAGAAGUUCAGAGUCCCGUGGAAACACAAUUCUAGGAAGGACUGCUCCGAGGACGACUGUAAAAUAUUCAGGGCAUGGGCAGUGGUCAGCGGUAAAAUCAAUGAGCAUCCCAAUGACAAGGCAAAGUGGAAGACCAACUUCCGCUGUGCACUGAACAACCUGACCAAGCGUUUCAAGAUGGUGGAAGACCACUCCAAGGACUCAAAAGACCCACAUAAAGUCUACCUGGUCAUCAAUGAGUAUAACUAUGAGAGCCCGCACAUAGAAGAAAUCACUCUGGAGGACUAUGACAUUGACAUCUUCAGCUCUCUCACCCCUACAGACUACAUCCCCCCAGGCAUGGAGCAUGAUGAAAUGCUUAACUUUAGCAACCUAACCUUGAACACCCAAGACCUGACCCAACACACAGAGGAGCAGCAGUGGACAGAGAAUUAUAUACCGGUACACACACACUACCCAGUGGUACCAGAAGACUGCUACCCCAUCCAGCCUCUACCAGAGCCCCAGCCAGUCUCACAACCAGUCCUAAUACAGCAGCCAUACUACGACGUGAACCAGGAUGCCCUGCUCAACCCGCCUGCGGUCCACCCAUCUCUCUUGGACCUGGAGAUCACCAUCUCCUACAGGAGGAAAGAGAUGCUGAAGACCCAGGUGUCAUGCCCCAGGGUUCAGCUCCACUACCAGUGUGACACUCUCGAGCCCAACACCCAGCCCCUCUGCUUCCCCAGCACUGCCGGCCUGCCGGACCACAAACAGAUUGAAUACACCAACCACAUCCUAGAAAGCGUCCAAAGGGGUCUUCUCCUGGAGGUACGAAACACUGGUAUCUAUGGUUACCGGCAGGACAAGUGCCACGUGUUCUCCAGUACUAGCGACCCCAGAGAGGCACACCCUGAACCCAGGAAGAUGCCCCAUAAUGAAAUGGUACAACUGUUGAGCUUCCAGCAGUACGAAAAUGAGCUGAUAGCGUUUAAGGAGAACAGGCGAGGCUCUCCUGACUAUACCAUCCACAUGUGCUUCGGCGAGAAGUUCCCGGACGGAAAACCCCUGGAGAAGAAACUCAUUGUCGUCAAGGUGGUUCCCCUGAUCUGUCGUUACUUCCACGAGGUGGCCCAAGGGGAGGGGGCAUCGUCCCUCCAGAACGACAACGUCAGCCUGCAGAUCUCCCACCACAACAGCCUGAUGGAGCUCAUCAAUUCCGCCUGGCCCGACGGCCCACAGCACGACAUGGGGCAAUACUUAAUCUAGACCACCAAUGGUACCACAUCACCACCCACCCAGCCAGCUCCUAUCUAGGACUGGUACCGUAUUACUAAAUUGAAUCUUCCCACAGGAAAUCCAUGUUUACAAAAAGUAUAUAUGAUGCAAUUAUCUGAUCUCUAAUUAUGUGUACAAUUCAAAUUUGUAGAUCUUUGAAAGUCAGACAAAUGUUGAGCAUUAGAUCAUUGUUCCUGGACCGCUACCGUCCUAUAGGUUUUCACUCCAACCCUAAUCUAGCGCACCUGAUUUGAAUAAAUAGCUGGUUGAUAAGACAACUGGGAUUGGAGAGAACCUACAGGAGGGUAGCUCUCCAGGAACUGGGUUGGAGACCCCUGUGUUAGAUUAUUCUGAUCUGAAUCUGUUAUUUCUAUCAAUGUGUCAUGCACUAGUAGAGGCCAUCCUUCUCUUGAUAGGUUAACAGAAUGUGAUACUGUUUGUGGGAUAGGUCCUUUUUUUAUAAGUCAAAAUCACUAUCUCUGCCUGUUUUGUAAUGAGUGUUCAUGUCUCAUUUAGUGGUAUUUUCUCUUCUACUGAAGAAUCCCCUUCUGUCCCUAUGGGUCACACUUUAAACCUGUCUAGGUCACUCAACCCUUCAGUCUUUGUUCUUUUUAUUGUCCUGAAAGUUAGCAAAGUACACCCUGUCAUUGAAAAGCACAUUGUAUAGUAUGCAAAACAAGAUCAAUAAACUUUGCCUCUUGUUUCUUUA